GAAACGGGGGCCGACCUUUGGCGAUGACGGCUCCCUCGUCCCCGGCCGCCCCGCGGCAGCCUCCGCCGCCGCUCCGCCUGCUGAGGUGGCGGCCGCUGCUGCCCCCGCUGCUGCUGCUGCUGCUGCUGCUGCUGCUGGCGGCGGGCGCGGGGCCGGCGCGCGCCUGGGAGAGCGGAGACCUGGAGUUGUUCGACUUGGUGGAGGAGGUGCAGCUCAACUUCUAUCAGUUCCUCGGGGUGCAGCAGGAUGCUUCAUCCUCAGACAUUAGAAAAGCAUAUCGUAAGCUUUCACUAACUUUGCAUCCAGACAAGAAUAAGGAUGAAAAUGCAGAAACUCAGUUUAGACAACUGGUGGCCAUUUAUGAAGUUUUAAAGGAUGAUGAGCGAAGGCAGAGGUAUGAUGAGAUUCUGAUCAAUGGACUUCCCGAUUGGAGACAGCCUGUAUUCUACUACAGGCGGGUGAGAAAAAUGAGCAAUGCUGAGCUGGCAUUACUUUUGUUCAUUAUUCUCACAGUGGGUCAUUAUGCUGUGGUUUGGUCAAUCUACCUGGAGAAACAACUGGAUGAACUUCUUAGUAGAAAAAAGAGAGAAAAGAAAAAAAAGGCAGGAGGCAAGAAUGUAGAUCUUUCAAAACUUGGUGCUUCAGAAAAAAAUGAAAGGUUGUUGAUGAAACCACAAUGGCAUGAUUUGCUUCCAUGCAAGCUGGGAAUUUGGUUUUGCCUUACACUAAAAGCAUUGCCUCAUCUAAUCCAGGAUGCGGGACAGUUUUAUGCUAAAUAUAAAGAAACAAGACUGAAGGAAAAGGAAGAUGCACAGACCAGAGCUGAACUUGAAAUACUUCAAAAACAGAAGAAAGUUAAAGUUAAAAAACAGAAACCUGAAUUUCCAGUAUACACACCUUUAGAAAGUACAUACAUUCAGUCUUAUGAUCAUGGAACUUCUAUAGAAGAAAUUGAGGAGCAAAUGGAUGAUUGGUUGGAAAACAGGAACAGAACACAAAAAAAACAGGCACCUGAAUGGACAGAAGAGGACCUCAGCCAGCUGACUAGAAGUAUGGUUAAGUUCCCAGGAGGGACUCCAGGUCGAUGGGAAAAGAUUGCCCAUGAAUUGGGUCGAUCGGUGACAGAUGUGACGGCUAAGGCCAAGCAGCUGAAGGACCUGGUUACCUGUCCCCCAGGUUUGGUCCGGCUCUCGGAGCUCACGGCCUCGCCCCAGAACCCCAGGCCUGACGACUGCAUCACCUGGCGGGAAGGCGGGGAGCCGGCGCCCGAAGAGCAGGAGGCCGAGGCCGAGGCCGAGCCCGGGGUCCCCGACGGCAGGCCUCGGAGGAGGAAGCCCGGGGCCGCCAAGGGGGAGCCCGAUGAGAGGCCCCGGGGGAAGAGGCAGAAGGACUUUGACGUGUUGGAAGCCAACGGGUGGAGCGAUGAGGAGGUCCCGAAAAAGGAGCGGGGUGCGGCGGAGGAGCCUUGGACGCAGAGCCAGCAGAAGCUUCUGGAAGCCGCCCUGCAGCAGUACCCCAAGGGGUGCUCUGAUCGCUGGGACAGAAUCGCCAAGUGCGUCCCGUCCAAGAGCAAGGAAGACUGUAUUGCUCGCUACAAGCUGCUGGUUGAACUGGUACAAAAGAAAAAACAAGCGAAAAGCUGAACAAUCUGGAAGGUGUUCGUUUUCCAAGAGAAUUUUUUAAAAAUCUUAUGCAGAAACUUGCAUUCUGUACCUCAGUAUUUCUCUACGUCACGUGCCUUAGUAAAAUAAUAAUUAAAAAA